GUUUGGUCCAGUCAACUUGUGUAUUACAUUGUAAUUUGUAAACAAAAAUUGUUUUGUAUAUUUUGAAGAUUUUGGAUUCAGUUUUAUACUAUUUUCAGAAAGAUAGUUGACUGGAACAUGUCGUAUUACGCGGUUGCAAAGGGGAGAAACCCUGGAAUAUACAUGACAUGGGAUGAGUGCAAAGCUCAAGUACAUCAGUUUUCCGGGCCGAAAUUCAAAAAGUUCUCGAGCAGAGCUCAAGCUGAAGAUUUCAUCAAAGAAAAUGGUGGUUUUUCUAAACUUUCUAGUCAUCCCAGCACCAAAACUUUUUUCGAAUCCAAGUUCCAAAAAACGAAAAGUGUGAAGAGACCAACGCCCGUUGAAUCGGUAUCAGAUUCAAAACAAUAUCAGAAACGAAGAAAAACUCAGUUAAUCGAUUAUGAUUGCACCACGUCAAAGACUGACACUUUUCCUGGCAAGAGUGGAUUCGUCACUGAUGAAAAUGGUUACGUAAAUGUUUAUACCGACGGAGCUUGCACUCAAAAUGGAAGGAAAAAAGCGAAAGCUGGUAUGGGAGUUUGGUUUGCCGAUAAUCAUCCUCUAAAUAUUUCUCGGCCUGUGAUUGGUCGACAGACAAAUAAUAUGGCAGAGAUCCAGGCGGUGACUGAGGCCGCAAAACAAGCUCGAAAAGCCGGAAUUACAAAACUGAAAAUCAACACCGAUUCCCAAUUUUUAAUCUCUUGUAAAACAAAAUGGAUGAAAAAAUGGAAAGCCACUGGAUGGAAAACCGCUACUGGACAACCGGUGAUUAAUAAAUCGGAGCUUUUGGAAAUGGAAGCUGCUCUCGCUCCACUUGAAGUUUCUUGGAAUCACGUUCGAGGCCACGUUGGGAUUCAUGGGAAUGAAAUGGCUGAUAAAUUAGCGAGAGAUGGGGUUAAUAAAAGCGAGGACGAUUAGAAGAAAUAAACUUGUUCUUUUGAUUUUCGUUUAAAUUUAAAUAUAUUUCCUGUUCGACAUUUAUCGGUUUCUAGUUUGAUUGUAUUAUACAAAAAAAUAAUAAAAUACUAUAUUUUUUGCUAA